UCGUUCCGCUUCGUCACCUCCAGCCCCCACAGACAUCAUCGGCUGCGUCCAUCGCCGUCGACCUUCUUCCACGUCGACUGCGCGCGUGCAAGGACGACGCACGUGCACGGAGUGACGGUGCCAUCUCAGUGUGACAGAUAUGGAGUUCGGCGGAGAGGGCGGACGUGGUUUGUUGACGCUUCAUGAACUGCAAGUCGUGGCGGCGGCCGUGUCGACGUUUGCAGAGAGAGCUCAUCGCGAGCGGGGGCUUGGACGACUGAGGGCGGAGUUGCGCGCACGUAGAAGGAGGGUGGUCAUGAGGCUUCAAGACAGCAUUGGUCCGGAGUACGUGGCGACGUCGCAGAGUGUUCUUGAGUUAUGGUACGUGUCGGGGUGCGGAGUGAUGCCGAGAGAGACGUCGUGGUGGUGGAUAAAGCGCAGGACUGGAGGCACGUGGGAAGACCUCCGCCAAUGCGACGACGCGACGGACGACUACUUCCGGGAAAAACUACGAAUGUCGCCACGAGUGUUUCGGGAGAUCACAGAGGCAUGUGCGCCUCAUCUUCAGCGGCGGGUGACGUUUUACAGGGAGCCUCUUCAGCCUGACCAGAUUGUCGCAUACGCAUUGUACAGGUGGGCGUCGGGUGAGACAUACGAGAGAGGCACGUGCAACUUCGGGAUUGGCAGAGCCUCUGGCCUUGUCGCCGUGCGCGCCGUCACUGCCGCGCUGCUCCGGGUGUACGCAGAUAAGAUUGCCUGGCCGAGUGGACUUCGCAAGCUCGUCGUCUUGCGGGCGUUCGCUGAUAAAGGAUUCCCCAAUUGCCACUGUUGCAUCGACUGUACUCAUAUCUUCGUCGACAAGCCGGCAAACGCCCCAAGCGAGAACUAUUACGAUAGGAAGCGCCGUUUCUCCAUCGUCGCGCAGGUUGUCGUCGACCUCGACUUGCAAGUUGUCGACGUGCACUGCGGAUACCCGGGGAGCUGCCACGACAUCAGGGUGCUCCAGCUCGGCUACGUCCUGCCGGACAACGGUUACCCCCCAUCUGAAUGGAUGGUGGUCCCGUAUGGAGGCAUCAAUCAGCACGUCAACGACGAGCGUUUCGACAACAAGCAGAAGGUGGCGAGGGGAGCGGUGGAGCGGGCGUUCGGCGGGCUGAAGGGCAUGUGGCGUCUGUUUCUGCGAUCACACAAGACAAACCUGGAGACUCUCCCGCAGCAGUUCACCGCCGUCUGUAUACUGCACAACAUACUUAUCGACGCCGGGAUUCCAUUCGACGAGAACCUGCUGUGGGAGGUCGACGCUAAUGGUGUGCGAAGACGUGUGGACCUGGGGAUGGAAGAGCCCCUGCAGCCCGUGUCAAUGCUAACUACGACCGACGAAGCGUUGGCCCUGCGCACUGCUCUGUCGGAGCGAUUGAAACAGCUCUGAGUCCUGUUGCGACUAAGCACGGCAGGGAGUGGCAUUGUGUUCGUCG